UUAAGUCUGUUGACAAUGCUUAAAAAGGCGGGUAUCACUGUGCUGGAGGUGAAAAACUGCAGAGAGGCCAGAGAGAGAGGAGAGGUGGAGAGUUUAGGAACCAACCCCAGACAGAAAGCAGAGAGGACAGCAGAAUGGCCUGGGUUGCUCCUCUAAUCUAUUUGCACAUCACACUUUUUCUUUUUAUUCUGGAAAUGGGACAUGGUACUGAGGAGGACAGCAGAAUGCUGGGAGUUACAGCCCCAGGAGAUAUCAUCAUCGGAGGAAUCUUUCCCGUUCAUGAGGAUGUAGACAAAAUGAACAACUCCUUUGCACCCCACUUACAGCCAUGUAUCAGGUUUGUUGAAAGAAGCCUGGUGAAGGUGCUGGCUAUGAUCAAUGCCAUAGAGCUCAUGAAUAAAUCCCCUCUGCUGGCUGAUGUUAACAUCACUCUCGGCUAUCGUAUCCUGGACUCCUGCUCUGAUGUCAGCACAGCUCUGAGAGCUACAGCAGACUUCACCCAGCGGGCCGACUGCUACACCGGAAGCAACACUUGUGACCAGCUGGUCAUGGCUGUUGUAGGGGCCUCUUACUCUGAAUUGUCUAUUGCCAUCGCUAGGCAACUGACACUCAAGAUGAUCCCUCAGAUCAGUUAUUCAUCAACUGCUGUAAUUCUAAGUGAUAAGAGCCGCUUCCCUGCCUUCUUGCGGACCAUUCCUAAUGAUGAGCAUCAGACAGCUGCUAUGGUCAGUCUGCUCAGCACCUAUGACUGGAACUGGGUCGGAGUAGUAACCACAGAUGGAAAUUACGGCCUAUCAGCUCUUGACCACUUUUUCUCCCAGGCUACUGAAAAGGGGAUCUGCGUGGCCUUCAAAUCAAUCCUACCACAAUCUGUAACUAGUCAGGAUGUGGGCUCUGCUAUCUCACAGACUGCCACAACCAUCCUCACCAACCCCAAGGUACAGGUGAUCGUGUCAUUUGCCAAGCCGACUCUCAUGAUGCACCUUUACCAGGAGCUUAAGAAUCAGAUGCUGAGAGCAGGACAGAACAUGGCGUCAAUGAGAAGAGUCUGGGUGGCCAGUGACAGCUGGUCCUCCUCCAGCUCUGUGAUAAAACACACAACUCUGGAGGACAUUGGACACAUUGUUGGCUUUACCUUCAAAAGUGGAGACCUGUCGUCAUUCAGUGAGUACCUGAGCAGACUGGAGGCAGCUGGACAUGACUACACAAGGAAUAACACCUUCAUGCAGGAAUUCUACAUGCAGCUAAAUGCCAGUGAAGGUUCUGGAGGAGCUGAGCUGGCGUCUAAAGCUGUGAAUAUCCUUAGAAAACACAUUCAUGCAGACACUGUCUUCAGUGUUGAGAUGGCUGUGAGCGCCAUCGCUCAGGCUAUGGUGUCUAUCUGCAGGAGCAGAGACUGCCAAACACCAGGCACAGUUCAACCCUGGGAGGUGCUGAAAGCUCUCUGGAUGCAGAAGUUUAAACUUCGAGAAAAGACCUAUCAGUUUGACAGCAGGGGAGACAUCAAUCUGGGCUAUGAUGUUACCAUGUGGAGAUCAGAGGGAGGAAAGAUUCAUGUCCAUGAUGUUGUGGCUGAAUACCACCCACAAAACAACAACUUCACCCACACCAACCACAACACCAUCCAACAGCUCUGGGACCUGAAGCACAUCAUCUCUAAAUGCUCCAAUAGCUGCAUCCCUGGAGAGUUCAAGAAAACAGCUGAGGGACAACACACUUGUUGUUAUGAGUGCAUCAACUGUACUGCAAACUACUACUCUAAUGACACAGAUAUGGACGAGUGUCUUAGCUGUGACACAAACAUCGAGUGGUCUCCUGAGGGCAGCUCCAGCUGCAUCCCCAAAGCCUUGCUCGUCUUCUCCUGGCAGGACGGCUUCGCUGUGGUCCUUCUGACCUUUGCUGCCCUGGGCAUCCUCCUGGCUCUGCUAGUGUCAGCUCUGUUUCUAAAUCAGCGUGACACUCCUGUUGUGAAAGCUGCCGGGGGGCCGCUGAGCCAGAUUAUCCUGUUCUCUCUAGUCAUCAGUCACAUUAGUGCCAUGCUGUUUGUAGGCCGGCCCAACAGUUUCAGGUGUAAGGCUCGACAGGUGCUCUUUGGCAUCAGCUUCACUCUGUGUGUCUCCUGCAUCCUGGUAAAGACCCUGCAGAUCCUGCUUGUCUUCCAGUUUGAUCCUGAGCUGCAGGAGGUUCUACGGAGGCUCUACCAGCCUUAUGUCAUUGUUAGCAUCUGUGUAGCCUUACAAGCAACUACCUGCAUCUGCUGGCUGGUCCUUAAAAGCCCAUUUAAUCACACCAUCAAGUAUCCAACCACUCUGCUGGAGGACUGUAAUGAGGGCUCAUAUCUGGCCUUUGGGGUGAUGUUGGGCUACAUAGCUGUUCUGGCUUUAGUGUGUUUCAUUUGUGCUUUCAAAGGCCGCAAACUGCCACAGCAGUACAACGAGGCAAAGUUCAUCACCUUCAGCAUGCUGCUCUACCUCAUCUCCUGGCUGCUCUUUGUUCCCAUCUACGUCACCACUUCAGGAGUGUACCUGCCAGCUGUGGAAAUGGUAGUCAUUCUCAUCUCCAACUAUGGCGUCCUCAGCUGUCAUUUCCUCCCAAAGUGCUAUAUAAUCCUUUUUAAGAAGGAACAAAACACCAAGAGUGCUUUCAGAAAGAAUCUGUAUGAAUACUCCAACAAAACAGCAGUAGCUGUCUCUGUGUCUGCAGUGACAAACUGUAGGGACGUGAGUAGCUGCACAAUUUUGCACAAAGGUUCGAUCACACGACACUGCCUCAGAAGAACCAUCAGCAUAUAGACCAUUAAAAAAUUGUUGCCACAGAUUUAGAUAUGGAGACUCAUCGUACUGUGGAAGGACCUAUGUGGUGUUACAUGUACACUACUCAAGAUAUAUGACUUCAGUUCAGUUUUCUUCAUUAGACUUAUUUCCCCCCUACAUGGAUUUCAUCCCAGCUUCUCAUCCCUUUGUUUUAGAUGUGGUCUAGUUGGCGGCACUUUUCUUCAUUGCACCUGGCAGUGUAGUAAACUACAAGGCUUUUGGCAUCUCACUCAACUCAACUCAACUCAAAUUUAUUUAUAAAGCACAUUUAAAAACAACUAACAUUGAGGUGUCGGUGGCUUCGUGGUAGAGCAGGCGCCCCAUAUACAAGGCUGUUGCCACAGCAGCCUGGGUUCGACUCCAGCCUGUGGCCCUUUGCUGCAUGUCACUCCCUCUCUCUCUCUCCCCCUUACACACUUAACUGUCCUAUCGAUUAAAGGCAAAAUGGCCCAAAAAAAUAUCUUUAAAAACAACUAACCAAAGUGCUGUACAGAAGGAAUAAAAUGCCAAGAACACAUACAUGAGAGGCAACAUAACUGCUCACACAUUUAGAGACACAACACACAUAGGCAUGCAUCAGGGAAAGCCACAUCAGGGUGACUCAAACGCUAAUAAAUAAAAGUAAGUUUUGAGCCUGGACUUAAAAGAACCAAUUGCGGGGGGCGGAUCUAACUGGGAGGGGGAUGCUGUUCCAUAGUUUUGGGCCAGACAAAGCAAAGGCACGAUCACCCCUGAGCUUAAGUCUGGAGCAUGACACAACGAGGAGCCCCAGGUCAGCUGACCUGAGGGACCUGGGCAUAGAAUAGGGGGUUAGAAGGUCUGUGAUGUAGGAUGGGGCAUCUGUGAUGCUUUAUCCACAAUCGAUGGAGUUACUUUACCAAUGGAUCCUAAAGGUAUGCCUUCUGGGCAACCUUUUGAAUUCUAAUAUCAUACAUUGUCCUUCCAUCAAACUUACAGAAAUCCUACUGACCACUGCCAAAAACCAUAAUGCAAUGAAAUGGGAGUCAGAUCUCCCGAUGCCAGCUGGAUUCUGGUUCUCAGAAAACAACAGUUGCAUACCUCUGGAGAAGAUAGCUUACUCACUAAGGAAUAAGAUCCAUUUUUUUCUGUAAAAUAGUGCAUCAACAACUUAGAGAAUCUCCCAUCUCAUUUGAUAGAGUGAUUGUCUGCAUGGUCUCUCUCUUCUUUCACCACAGUAGUGUUAUAAAAGACCAUUUUGUUGUGGUUAACGUGGUUUGGGCAAAAAGGGGUAGGUAUGUCAAAUAUUUUUUUAGCACUGGGGAGGGGCUAAUGUUAUUUUAUUUUGUUUUAGUGGAGGGGCAUACAAAUUUAAAUGGCUGUAUUUUAUCACCAAAAUUUUAUCAUAGCCAGAAACUGUAAAAACAGAAAUUGGAUUUUAAAAUUUCCGAUGGUCCUUCUACACAUCAUGUGCAACAAAUGCCAAAUCUGAGCCUAAAAUAGAGAUAUUUAUUCAAAAAUAAACAAUUUGCACAAACUACCAGGCAUGUAUGACAAGAUUGAAAAACAGGCUUUUGUCAACUCCAGGAAUUCAAGUUCAAUCAAUUUUCAAUUUUAUUUAUAAAGCCCAAUAUCACAAAUCACAAUUUGCCUCACAGGGCUUUACAGCAUACGACAUCCCUCUGUCCUUAGGACCCUCGCAACAGAUAAGGAAAAACUCCCCCCAAAAAAACCCUUUAACGGGGGGAAAAAAAACAGUAGAAACCUCAGGAAGAGCAACUGAGGAGGGAUCCCUCUUCCAGGACAGACAGACGUGCAAUAGAUGUCGUACACAACAGAUCAACAUGAUAAAUUAACAGUAAACCGUAUGUCACAAUGAGACAGAGAGAGAUGCAGGACAGACGGUAAUGUUAAUAGCUUACAACAACAUUAAUGAAAGUACAGUAAUAAUAUUAUAAUUAUGAUUCUGGCUACUGUGGUACAAUAUGUUUUAAGUAUAUAUUUAUAUCUGAUAGUAUACAUAUGUGAAAAUAAUCAUAUGUGUAUAAUAACAGUAGAAGUAUGACUAAUGAUAACAUCCUCAUCUUUUAACUGUCAAACAUCAAACGGUAAGUUUGAAAACCCAAAUAAGGGAUUUAUGGUGGAGGGAGGGUAAUGCAUUUUCCGCCAGUCAUUCAGGGAUGCUCAUGGAAAAAUAUUUGUAAAAAAAAAAAAAAAAAAAAAAAAAAAAGAGAAGUCACACCCCAGCCACUCCCUCCUCUGAUAAGUAAAGAAAGUAAAGGUGGGUUUUGCUGGGGACUCCUUUUCUCAAGGAUUGUACAUUUGUCGUUGGAGCUGUUGGAGGGGGGUGUGGGGUUCUUUUUUUUUCUUCCCUUUUUUUUCCCUGCUCUUUUUAUUGUCUUGUUUUAUCGGUUUGUUUUUCAUCUUGUUUUUGUUUUGUUUGUUUUCUUUUUGUUUGUUCAGAGGGGAAACAAGUACGGAUUGAGAUGGUGGCUCUACUGUAUCCUAGCACUUAUCCAGGCUUAUAGCCUUUCUUAUUUAGGGAUUUUUGUUUAUUGUUUAGACCAUUGUGAUGUCUUAGCUGAUUGAUGGGUAGAAUAAAUAUAUUAUCUCUGAACGCUCACGGUCUCAAUCUCCCUAAUAAGAGAAUAAAUUGUCUGGAUCUAUUACAUAGGAAAAAAAUUGAUAUUGCCUUUAUUCAGGAAUCUCAUCUUCUUAAAGAGGAUGUUUCUCGUUUCAGCAAUAAGCGAUACCAGAUUUUAGCAUCGUCGUCUUACCAUAGGAAAGGUAGGGGUGUGCUUAUUGUUGGUAGUCGUAACCUGACCUUAUCUAUCUUGGACAGAGGGCAUGAUGGAGAGGGUAGAAUUGCAUUUGUUAAGACAAUGUUGGGUAACACAAAAUUAGCCUUUGUCUCAGUCUAUGCUCCUAAUGUGUACGACCAAGAUUUUUUUAACUACCUCACCCUCACAUUGUUGGACCUCUCUGAGUUUCAUCUGAUUGUUGGUGGUGACUUUAACGCUGUAUGGGACCAUAAAAUGGACAGAACUAGCCCAAAUGAACUAAGAGAGCAACGAUUAACCACCUCCCUAGUUCAUAGAUGGGCCAGGGAUGUAUCUGUUAUUGACACCUGGCGUUUGAUCAAUCCAUCUUCCCGAGAUUACUCUUUUUUUUCUGCACGUCACAAAUCCUUUUCAAGGAUAGAUUACAUCUUCAUUUCAAAGAUUUUCUCUGGGGAAGUGUAUAACUCUGUACACAUUCCAAUUACCUUUUCAGAUCACAAUGCUGUUUUUACACAGAUAAAUAUCCCUUUGGAGCCCCCCAGAGCUACUAGGUGGCGAUUCAACACUACUCUAUUACAAAAUGACCAGUUUAUUGCUUACAU